GCAAAGGCGUGCGAGGCCGGGACCAGCUGGGAACAAUAACAGAGAAGCGGGAUCGGAUCGGAUCGCGGCCUGCGAGCGGGUUCUCCGGGAGAUGCCCCGGAGCGGAGCCUUGGCUGGCUUCUCCCUCCUCGGCGGCGGCAGCAGCGGCGUCGUCUCUUGAAUCGGAGGCGAUGGGGCGUGUUCCUGGCCGCCAGCCCCCGGCGCCCGGAAGGAACCCAAAGGAAGAAGGGGGCUCGGCAGAAAGACAGGGCGCUCGCCCGCUUUGCUGAAGGCGCGCGGGGCUUGGGGCGGACGGCGAUGUGACCGCAGGGUCGCGUCUUGGCGGGAAAGAGUCCCUCCGCUCCCCUCCCUCGGACCAUGUCUCUGGGAGUGGCCCACAGCGUGGCCGACCUGGAAGCCCUGCUGCGGGGCGCCGAGGCCAUCCACGUCGUGGACCAGCAGAUCGUCAUCAUUUCCACCCCGGACCCGCUGCCCGCGCCCCGCAGCGAGGCCGAGGCCGCCGCCGCCGCCGAGCUGCUCCUCUUCGCCACCCCGGAGGCCGCCGCCAACUCCGCCACCAACGCCGCCGCGGCCGCGCAGAGGCCUACUCCUUCUGCCGCUGCCCUGGAGCGCCCGCCGGUAAAACGGAAGCUGAAUUUGGAGACCGACCACCAGUACAUUGCAGAGAGCUUUCAGGGAAACCGAGGAAAAGCAAGAAAUGCUGUCAAAGGGGUGAAGUCUCCUGGAGAGAAAUCCCGUUAUGAAACCUCUUUGAAUCUGACCACCAAGCGUUUUCUGGAGCUGCUGAGCCAAUCUCCUGAUGGUGUUGUGGAUCUCAACUGGGCCGCAGAUGUACUGAAGGUGCAGAAGAGGCGGAUCUAUGACAUCACAAACGUUCUGGAGGGAAUCCAGCUGAUCACCAAGAAAUCCAAGAACCAUAUUCAGUGGUUGGGUAGCAGGUCUACAGUGGGAGGCCCCAGCAAUUGUCAAGGGUUGAUGAAGGAGCUCCAGGAUCUUCAGGCUGCAGAACAGCAGCUGGACACUCUCAUUCAGAUGUGUACGACUCAGUUCAAGCUUCUCACGGAGGACCUGGAGAACAAGCAUUCAGCUUAUGUGACUUGCCAAGACUUACGAAGCGUUGUAGAUCCAUCUGAGCAGUUGGUGAUGGUGAUCAAAGCCCCUCCGGAGACACAGAUGCAAGUCUCUGAUCCAGCAGAGGCUUUCCAAAUUGCUGUGAAAAGCACUCAGGGACCCAUUGAUGUGUUCCUGUGCCCGGAAGAAAGCUCUGAGGUAUGCAGUCCCACCAAGAGUCCACAGAAAGUGGCUGUUGGGCAACAUACUCCAGAACCUUCACAAGCAGCGCCUGUAGUUACCACUGCAGCCACAUCUGCGCUUCUGCACCCUUCCCAGGAAAUGAACUUGCCACUGCUGAGUGGAGACCAAGAGCCCUUGUUGUCUGGUGAAAAUACGCUGCCUCUGAAGUGCCCAGGAGACGACGUGAGCCUCUCGCCCCUGGCCUCCGUGGACACCUUGCUCCAGCAGGGCAAAGAUGACUUCUCAAGCUUCCUCCCUGCUGAAUUCAUCGCACUUUCGCCCCCACAGACCCAGGACUAUCACUUUGGGCUCGAGGAGGGGGAAGGCAUCAGCGAACUCUUUGACUGUGACUUUGGAGACUUCACCUCCUUGGAUUUCUGAACAUCUGCUGGUGGUUGGGGAUGGAAUGCCACUCAACUGAUCCCACUCCACCAAGGCAGGGAGCUGACCUCUGAAUGUAACCUCAAGGCCAGCUGUGGCCUCCAGGGCCAGCAUCCUGUGGGUUCCAGGGGAGGAAAGGGUAGGCUGGGACAGGGGCAGUAGUGGGCAGGGGUGGGAUUCAACUCUUGGAGAUGGCCACCCAAUGUGGGUCACCUCGCCAUGACUGAGGAAGGUGGCUGGAAAGCUGCUUGCUGCUCUGAACGUUGCAGGCCUCAUUCUGUGACUUUUUAGAUAGCAUCAGGCAGACAUUACCUCGAGCCUAUUGUCCCCAGCCCCCUAAGUGGUAGUGGCUAGGAGUCAGUGGGUAGAUUCGCCUUAAAUCUCUGGUGCCAUGUUUUGAUUCUGUAGGGAUAGUCCUAGCAGUGCUGUUGCCACACCAACAACUGACCCAUUUGGGCUGAACCAUUCUUUCCUCCUGAAUUCUCAAUUUAAAUCCCACUGAGUGAUGGGCCGGUUACUUUUUGUCAGAUGGUUUUCUCCUUCCUGUGAGCAGUUUCCCUUUAUGCCUUAGAAAAGAAGCUCUCUUUUGGAGAAGCAAAGCAAUUUUGCCACCCUUUCAGCAAAAUUUCCUUUGGGAUGUGAGGCAGCUCAAAACUGUCCUUUGAAGCAAGAUGGGGAGGCAGACCAUUUGUCAGAUAGCUAUGGGGGAAAGACACAAGAAUGGUACUUCUAAUAACAGUCAGCAAUAAUGCGACACCCCCUCGUCCUGCACACUUGGCCUUUUUGAUUGGUCGGUGAUGAAGCAUGACGAAAAGUUCAGGGAUAAACAGACGUUCUUUUGCAGGGAAGAUGUGAACCUGAGAUUUGUAACUGUAGUGAAAUAAUGGCCAUGGUGAGGAAAGGAAGCCAAGUAUGUGAAGCGGUAGUGUGGCACCAGGGGAACCUUUAAUUAAAAACAAGCUGCUGAGGCUAAUGAGAAGAACUGAGAAAUCAGACAUCCUAAAAAAAUGAAGUCUUCUUUUUUUCUUGUUUUUUUUAAAAAAAAUCUAAUUGCUGUUUCUGGAUAUUAGCGCCGAUCUCGUUCUUUAAAAGUCCUUGUGGUAAAGCUUUAAGGAGAGUCUUGUAUGAAAUAUUUAUUUAUUUUUGGGCUUUUGCUUUCCUGUUCCCACUUUUUGGAGUGGCUCUGAUCCUCCCUAAUCCUUGGUGGAAUAUGUACAUGACUGAAGGGUGGAUUGGAUUUUUAUUUUUUGUUAGAGACAUAUUUGGCUUGGAGGCCAGUGUACUCAGUUAUCCAUGUUUCUGAGCAAAAGGCCAACAAGGCAAAUGAGGCAACCCUUCGGGUAGGGAGCAAAGUUAGUUUGCUUUAGCAGGAGAGAGGCAGUGUGGCUAGAUAGUUCUUUUAGCAGCAAGGGACUCUCUCCCAGAAAAUACUGUCAGCCAAGAAGUGAUGCAAAUGCCUUGUGUUCAGAGUCUGUCUGACUUUUCCCCUGUGAAGCAAGGAAGAAGAUACGGAAUCCUGUCUCCAUGCUGUCACCUCCUAUACAAAGCUCUUUUUGGGAGGGGAGGAGGAAGGCGGAUGUCCAAAUGUCAAUUCACAUUAAUUUAUUUAUUUAUGUGGCUCCAUUCUGUACUUCUGGAAGGUAAGGAAAGUGUCCAAGGAAGAGUUGGCAUGAGCGUGGACCCUACAUGUCCAAGUAUGAGGAAAGAGGCCAUACUGUGUCCUGUUAGAAUAGCUAAUUUAGCAAUUGAGAAUGCAGAAAAAAAGAUUUGGGGGGGAGGAAAGAGUUAGCCUGUGUGUGCCGUAGAUGUUCUGUUAGGAUCAGGUGACAAAAGUCUGCUGAGUUUCCCAUCCAUGAGAUGGGAGUGUGGCUGGUCAAGAUUGCUAUAUUGAAAUGCUAUUUAUUGGUAGAAAGUGGACCUCAGGUUCAUCUGGUAGAGAAAUAUUUGGAAAUGUUGAAGGGUGGAGAUUGAGAAAAGUAGAAAAAGAGAGAGAACGAAACUAGGCUAGUGAAUGUGUGAGGAAGAAAUGGCUCGCUUUUUGACUUAUCUGUUCUGAUAAGUAGCUUUAGUUGUUGAAACGUAAAUGUUACCAGCUUGAUUAAGAGCUGUAACUAGCUAGAGCUUGAAAAUGUUUCAUUUUGACUAGAACUCCCUGAAUUCCCUAGCCAUAUGCAUAGAUACAAAAAAAUAAUGUUUCCAAGCUCUAUACCUAGCCUAUGACAAGGUAAUGAUUGGUGCUGUCCCUUAGGUGCCUUCCUGUUUCAAUAAGUACUAUGUAUUUUAGUUAACUGGAACUCACCAAAGCAUGCCCCCCCUUGACAGGGGCUUCUCUUGCUUUACAAAAUGGCAGCUGUAAUGGUGUGUGUGUGUUUUCUCUGUAUGUUUGUGUAUGUUAAAAGAGGAGCUUUGGCGCCCAAGAAGUUGGUGUCUGUAGAACGUAUAUACAGUACCAGUAGGUUCAUGGAUUACCUUUAUCCAUUUUACCUAGAUGUAUAAGGAAAAUAAAUCAUUUGGGUUUCUGAGAAUAAUGACUCUCCUUGCCACACCUUGUGGCAUCUGGUUUUGGGUUACUGUACUGGAAUUUUUCUUUCUUUUUUUCUGGAUGAGGGGAAACAUAGGAAUGGAGCCUUUUUCUAACUGGGUCUUUCUCUGGCUGUCAAAUACAGCAUUAGUUCUUGGUCAAACUCAAUCAGACAACAGAGAGUUAUGUAUAAAGGUAUAUAAUGUGUCUCCUACACAACUUUACCAACCUCUCCAGGUUUGAGAAUCCCUUAACAUAAAUCUGGAGCAAAUAAAAAUUAAGAACAAUCUUCCUUUUAGUCUAGGCUUUGUAGUAAUUGCACCAGGAGGGGUUGGCUGACUGACUCAAGUUUUCAGUCCACCAUCUUACAGACUUAGUAUUUUUAACUAAGGCUGUCUUGAAACAAUCAUUAAUGGCUAUAAGAAUAUAUAGUCCAGGAACCACUACUGUAGAUUGGGUGCCAUUACAUCUUUACCUUUGAUGGGCUUUCCUUUCCUUUUUCAUUUAGCAGAGAGUAAAGGAUCUUGGUCAUGCUCAUAAGAUCUACUUUCCUCUUAGCUCUUUGGUAUUUCUUGAUAUUCUUUCCUCUGUAAUGUGUUCUAGGGCUUUCCUUUUGGAAAACCGAUGGCCCUUCAGAUGUUCAGCUCCCAUCCCCAUUGUGCUUCACCAUAGACUAGUUUGGUUAGGGCUAAGGGGAAUUGAAGUCAAAUUUCAGAGGACCAUAAGUUCCCCAGCCCUGCUCUGGAUGCUCUCUAUUUCAAUGGUGAGCAGCAAACUAUUAUUUUCCCUGGCUUCUUAGAGCCACGAUGGUUGCUGACUUUCCUUGUAGUUUUAAUUUUCACAAAGUCAUCAAAAAGCUGCUUCAUUUUUCAGCCUUGCAGUUGAAGCCUGUCCGGUAAUUGUUUUUCAGGUGACUUGUUUCAUCUCUUUCUCUCACCUUGCCUCUGUAGAGAAGGUUACCUGUGGCAGAAUGAUCAAAGAUUGUUGACUUUUUUAAAAGGUGACUUUUAUUACAUGUGAGAUAUAGUCGCAUGUGUUUUGCCCAAACAGCAGUGAGCUGGAAGGUUCUUGCUGCCAGCAUAAGGGAUCAGCCCCAUGAGUAAUAACAUCCAAUUUUUUAUUCUGAGAGGAGUAAAAUCUCAGAACACAAAACCCUCACUUGAGCUAAAAGUGUUGUCAAGCAGUACAUUAGAAGGAGGUGAUGAGAUGAGCCUCAACUUUUGGUCUUGCAUGGUAGAAGAGUCUAAAACUCAGAUAUGUGUGUACGUGUAACCUUACUUUUCUCCUGCUGGAACAGCGGUCUGCAAGAGAAAAGGAACUUCCAAGCAGUUACUUGCAGGAUGGGUGAUCCAGCCACUUACUGUACUAGAUAAAAUAGGACAGUGGUUCUCAAUCUGUGAGUCCUCAGAUGUUUUGGCAUUUGACUCCCAGAAAUCUUAACCAAUUUCCAGCUGUUAGGAUUUCUGGGAGUUGAAUGCCAACACAUCUGGGGACCCACAGGUUGAGAACCACUGAAAUGGGGGAUGAGACGGAGAUAUGCCCAUUAUGGAUCAGGGAACUUUCAAGAGAAUAAUUCCAGGUAAGAUGUUCCAAGUGUCUUGAACUGAGGCAUGGAAACCCAGAGACAGCUGCAGAACGUUCUACUGGUAUCAACCCAAGAACCAGGGGUGGGUUUAUUGGUUUUCCCACUCGAAUUGAAGCACUUAAUGUGGCCCACAGUACUAAUAAUAAUAAUGCUGAAAAGCCUUGAAAGCAAUGAAGUAAAACUCAGUUUGUGUGUAUUACGCCUCCUUCUGGCAGGCCUCUAGUACUACUGCCAGUGAGAAGCAUAGGCCAAUCCACGUGGAGGUUGGCUUUUUGUCCCAUGAUUUUAUUAAAAUUGAAAGCACAGUAGAAUGGAAAUCAUGCCUUCAGCCCUAGCAAGAGAAGUAACAGGUUGUAAAAGAAAAGCAUUUGGGGAAAGCAAUGGUAAUUCUCUUGGGUUGGGUAAAGGAUGCUGGGAUACUGUGAUGGUUCUGAAAGGAUUGCACCUUUUUUUGGCAAGUGCCCAGGCAGGAGAUCUGGGAACUUCAGUGGCCAAGCAGCGUAAAUGCAUUGCAGAAACGACAGCAAAUUCCAGUGCCUCGUACUGAGGGGAAUGCACUUCUGUGUGUGCCUUUUUUAUAAUAACAAGCCUUGUUCAUGAUUUGUGCUUUUAGUUUUAAUAAAUAUUUCUACUUCAUUUCA